AUGCACGGCGAGGCGUGGUGGGCCAACGCGCUGUACCAGCCGCUGCGUGCGACGCUCGGGGCGUGGGAGGAGGCGCACACGCCGCCCCGGCAGUUUCUCGAUGCGCUGGAGCUCGUGCCUGUGUUGGUGGACGGCACAGAGGCCGGAGGGGCACGCCGCGCCGCGCGCGAGCCCCGCGUCGUCGGCGUGCCGAGCCAUGCAUGGCUCGCGCAGCGUGUCGUACUUGCGUACGUGCUGCAUGCGCCGUACGCAGAAGCGAGCCCCCCGGCGCGGAUGCAGCCGUUCCGUGCGGCGAUCGAGCGCCUCUAUACGUGGCUGCAGCGGCGCGACGACGAGGGAUGGGCGCCGCGGUGGUUGGGAAUGUACUCGGAGAGUGCGGUGCACAAUGCGCAAGACACACUCUACCACCUGCUUGGUGCGGCACAGUCCAUGGCGCAUCUCGGCGAGCUCGUGCCGGCCGCCUUGCUGCAGCUGCCCGUCUGCCCCCACAAGCCGCUCGAGGAAAGGCUGGGCGUCGACCGCGCCGCGUACCUCUUGCAGCGCGCAUCGCACAGUGCGCUGUCGGUACCCGACCAGCGCUUCCUCCUUGCGCUGCUGCAGCGUAGCAACGCCGUGGACCCCUGCCUUGGGCUCGCGGCGUUUGGCAUCGACGACGUCGCACGCGCUGCUGUACAUAAUACCCAUGCCGCGUACGCGUGGACGCUCGUGCUUGGAACAUCCGACUUUCCGUGGGAAGCGCUCGGCGAGGCGCUCUCGCAACACGCCCGCGCGGGACUCGGUAUGCAGCGGCGUGUGCACGACUUUCUCGCGCAGCUCCUCCAGAGCACGUACUGCUACACUGUACAGACGCAGUGCAUGCCUGGCUACCUCGGCCUACGUGCACAGCAGCUCGCCCCCCCUGCCUCGGACGACGAGGCGAGCACCGAAGAGUUUGCGGUCUAUGUCGCGCAGCUCAUUGAAAAGGGCCUCCUGCCCAUCCACGCGAGCCAACGUACGUGGGACGUUGCGCAAAAUACAGAUACCGCCCACGACACGCUCGACGCACUCGCGGUCGAGUUGCGCAGCCUCGCACUGGCCUACUCCAACCACGUGUUUUUUACCAUGGCCCUCACGCAAACGCUCGCGUCGGCGCGCGCGCUGCUCCUGCUUCAGGUCGGCGUGCGCCUCGUGACGUUUGUGCUGAACCAGCUCUUGGUGCGCACCACGUCGCCGGCGGUGUUUGGCGCGGCGAACGUGCAGCUCGAGCUCGUGCUGAGCAUCGUCCUCGCGCUCGCACGCGACGGCGUCCGGGCGACCGUGAUGCGCCGCCGCGACCAGCAGAGCAGUGUACACAACCUCGCGCUCUUGCCGGUGGUCAUAGGGAGUGUGUUGGCGGUGAGUGUAGGAUGGGGAUACGUCGCAUACCUCGCACCGGACGCACUGCGGGCGCAGGGCUCGGCCCUGCCCGUGUCCGUCGCGCUGUACUGUCUCGGGGCGAUGCUCGAGCUGGUAUCGGAGCCGCUGCAUACGUAUGCGCUCACGCUCGAGGGGUACGUGCGCCUGCGCGUCGCGAUGGAGGCCAGCGCCGUGCUCGCGCGCGCAGUCUGUGCAGUGCUCCUCUUGCGGCCGCAGGGCCUUGACUGGCUCGCUAGCGUGUACGCGGCGUGCGUCGGGCACGCGCACACUUCGUGGCUUGCGUGGGCACUAGGCAAAAAGGCGCUAGGUCCUGAAGCGAUUGCGCUGGUCGCUUUUUCGCUCAGCCGCGCCGUGUUCGGCGGCGUGCUGCUUCUUACGGCGUGCGUCGGCAUUGCGUACAUGGACUCGUGGCGCCGCGUCGUGACGACGCUCCUUCCUGCACGGGGCGUACCACUCGACAAGGAGACGCGCGAGCUGGUCGUCGUCACGAGCGGCCAGGCGCUCCUCAAGUUUGUGCUCACCGAAGGCGAUAAACUCGCCGUCGCGCGCCUCACCACGCUCGAGGACCAGGGGGGCUACGCGCUCGCAAGCAACUACGGCUCACUCCUCGCACGCACACUAUUCCAGCCGAUCGAGGAGAGCGCGCGUCUCUACUUUUCCGAGGCGCUCGGCUCCUCGAAAAAAGACGCCGCAGAGGCCCAGGGCAGCGCGGCGCUCCUUAGCGUCCUCUUUCGCCUGCACGCGCUCCUCGGCCUGGGCUUGCUGACGUUUGGGCCGCCGCUCGCGCAGCCAUUCUUGAUGAUCGUCGCGGGGCCGCGGUGGGCGCAGAGUGCAUCGGGCGGCGCGUCGCACGCCUCGGCGAUCCUCGCGAGCUACUGCUACUACCUGCCGGUGAUGGGCAUCAACGGCAUUGUCGAGGCGUUCCUGCAGUCGACGGCCCCGCCCGCGCUCCUCGCGUGGUACUCGCGGGUGCUCGUCGGAUCGAGCGCCGCUUUUGUCGGUGCUUUGGCGCUUGGGCAUGGCGCAUUCGCGCACUACGGCGCGGCCCUCGAGUCGGUAGGCCUGCGCCAAGAGACCGUGCUGGUCUGGGCGAAUAUCGUGGGCCUCGCGGUGCGUGCCGUGGUCUGUAUGCGGUACGUCGCACAGACCCUUGCGUCGGCCGUCCCACGCCCGAGCCUCGUGGGCUCGCUGCCAGCUGCGAGCAUCCUCGGCACGCUCGGCAUGUCGGCCGCGACGCUGCGGUACCUUGCUGCGCCGCUUGGCGAGCGCGCGACGUGGUUCGCCCCGAACUCGGCGCUGGUGCCGCUUGCGACGACGAUGGGGCUCGGUGUCGCGACAACCUUGCUUCUCUGUGUGCUCCUCGAGCGCCGCUCUUUCCUCGACGCGCUGCGGCUCGUGCGAUAA